CAUCUGACUCUUCCCAAUUAGCGACUUGUUUUUCCAAAUCCACCGAUCCUCUUUGAUUCCAUCUUCCUCUGAGUCGAUUUUGCCAUUCCAAUUUUUGGCAAGUGGGUUCAUGGGAAAUAUAAUCGGUGGAAGCCGCCGAGACCACCCGUCGCCGCCUUACCAAAACCAUAACCCUGCUCCGUUGCAGUAUUAUCAGUACCAAGGCAAUUAUCCGCCGAUUCCGUCACCGUACCACCAUCAAGGUGCUAAUGAUCCUUAUGGAGCGAUUGCUUCUCCGAUUCCUUACGUUUAUCACCAGAAAACGGUCACUGUAAGGAACGAUAUCAAUUUGAACAAGGAGACCUUGAGAUUUGAGCCUGAUGAACAAAACCCUGGCAAGUUUUUGCUCUCCUUCACUUUUGACGCCAAUGUUUCUGCAAGUAUCACUGUGAUGUUCUUCGCGAGAGAAGGCCAAGAUUGUAACCUGAAGGCGACAAAGGAGGAUCUGUUUCCGUCCACGACAGUUUGCUUUCCAAAAGGUCUUGGACAUAAAUUCAAGCAGCCUUGUGGCACAGGGAUCGACUUCUCAGCUUUAUCAGAGACAGAGUUGGUUGAGGCAAGCGAGUCAGAUGUGUAUCAUGUGGCAGUGAAAGCAGAGGCAUCAUCAUCAUCAUCAGAAGAUAGUCCUGUGUCUAACACACCAAACCGUCAGAUAACUCUUGCGGUUUUAGAGAGGGACAAAGGUGAGUACAAGGCCAGAGUCGUGAAGCAGAUUCUGUGGGUGAAUGGGAUCGAGUAUGUUCUUCAGGAGAUUUACGGAAUUGGUAAUACAGCUGAUGAUUGUGGAGAAGAUGGGAACGAGACAGGAAAAGAAUGUGUCAUCUGCUUAACAGAGCCACGAGAUACAACUGUUCUACCUUGCAGGCACAUGUGUAUGUGUAGCGCUUGUGCCAAGCUUUUGAGAUUUCAGACAAACCUCUGCCCCAUAUGUAGACAACCGGUGAAAUCGCUUCUGGAGAUAACGGUCAACACCAACGGCUCGAACCAGUGACCUUUGCAACGUUGCUGUUGUACAGAGUCAGCUUCUCAAUGUUCUUGCUUGUGGUAUAUAUACAAUUAUUGGAACUCAAGUUACUAUCUAUGUUUGCCAAAUGACACUAUUAAUUCAGGUUUUCAUUCGAGUGUUUAGUAAAAUAUCAGGUUCAGAUC